CCCCCCUCCGCUCCUGUCCCCCCAGAGCUGCUGGAGGACCUGUCCGAGAGCCGGGAGUGCGUCAACUGCGGCUCCAUCCAGACCCCGCUGUGGAGACGGGACGGCACCGGCAACUACCUGUGCAACGCCUGCGGGCUCUACACCAAAAUGAACGGGCUCAGCCGGCCUCUCAUCAAGCCCCAGAAGAGAGUGCCCUCCUCCCGGCGCCUGGGCUUGUCCUGUGCCAACUGCCACACCACCACCACCACCCUGUGGCGCAGGAACGCCGAGGGCGAGCCCGUCUGCAACGCCUGUGGCCUCUACAUGAAGCUCCACGGGGUUCCUCGACCCCUUGCUAUGAAAAAAGAAGGAAUUCAGACCAGGAAGCGAAAACCUAAGAACAUAAAUAAGUCAAAGGCAUGCUCUGGUAACAGUACUACUGUGGUUCCCAUGACUCCAACAUCCACGUCUUCUACUAACUCAGACGACUGCAGCAAAACCUCUUCCCCCAGCACACAGACUGCAGCCUCUGGGGCGAGCUCAUCGGUGAUGCCCGGCCCAGGGGAGAGCACCAGCCCUGAGAGCACCAACCUCAAGUAUUCAGGUCAAGAGGGGCUGUACCCAGGGGUCAGCCUGAGCUCCACGGCCGAGGUGACGGCGUCGGUGAGGCAGGACCCGUGGUGUGCCCUGGCCCUGGCGUGA